AUGCACACAACGACUUGUUUUCUCUUCUCACCGUCUGUUUUCUUUUAUUCCUUUAGAUUGUUUACUGUUUUGUGUGAAGUCCAGGGAUUUACGUAUCUUCGGUGCUCAUACUGCCAUAUUUCUCUUGAGAACCCGACAAUGCGCCGUGUCAGUAGACAACUUAUCCACGCCACCACCGUUGCCGCAGCGACCCGCUUCGCCGCGACCAGCGGUGCAAAGAAGUACGAUUUGUUUGGUUACGAAGUGGACACCAACACUGCCCCGUGGAUUGAAAAGAUCAAGAAGUGCAAGUACUACGACGAGGCCGGCGAGGUUCUUGUGAACAUGAACGUGAGCAACUGCCCGCCCGACAUUGCGACGUACAAUGCGGCGCUGCAGCGCAUCUACGAGGCGCCGUCGAAGCAGGCGCAGCCCGUGGAAAAUGAGAGCAAGUUCUGUGCGAUGCUGGACCUGCUGGAGGAGAUGAACCACCGUAACAAGAUGAAGCCCAACGAGGAGUCCUGGAUGUGGGUGAUGCGGGAGUGCGUAAAGAGCGGGCAGUUUCGUCUUGGCUACUGCAUUCAAAAAGUGAUGGAGGCGGAGUUUAAGUCAUGUCCCGCCGACCUUGUGAAGCAGAACGAGGCGAACGCGGAGAGGGCCAAGGCGGAGGGCAAGGAGCACCCCAGCUACCUCUCAUUGCAGGUCGGUCUCUUUGAUGUGAAGAUUGAGUAG